UAUGGAAACUGAAGCUGGGGACACAUUUCCUCUUCGCUACUCUUUAUUUCCCCAUGUUCCUCCGUAUAUCAGAAUACUUCCUCAUGGCCAAGUUUACAAUCCCUCUCUACCAAAGGAGCUAGCACAGUUUACAUGGAACGCUCCUUCUGGAAUCAGCCCCGUCAUAGAGAAUACGGUUACACAAGCGGGGUUUACACUAAUACAGGGUCAGAUUCGAAGAAAAGAAGAUCAGCAAACUGGAGCUAUCUGGGAUUGUCUUCCUGUCACUGAAAAGUCUAAAGAUGAAAUCAAUUUCGGAGAUCUUAAUGAAGAAGUAAAAAUAAAUCAGUUUCCUGGACUUUUUAUUUUGGGAAGAAAGGAUAAUCUUUGGCUGUGUUACGAAAUUAUGAAAAAUAAGUUUGGACCAGAGCAUUUUAAUUUUCUUCCAACAACAUAUAUACUACCGAGAGACAAGGAUCUGCUUACUAGUGAGAUGAAGAAAAAAAGAAAAGCGUGGAUAGUGAAACCUCCAAACUGGUUUUGUGGAAUAGGAAUUAGUCUCAUUGAUGAUAUAAAAGAAAUUCCUGAUAAGAAAUCGUCUAUGUGCGUCCAGGAAUAUAUUGAUCGACCGCUCCUUAUCAAAGGAUUGAAAUUUGAUCUUCGAUUGUAUGUUCUUCUCACAAGCAUAGACCCUAUCAGGAUCUACAUUUAUGAGGAUGGUUUAGUAAGGUUUGCGACAAAGGCUUACAGUAACAGUCCUGAUGAAAUAAAAAAUAAUUUUAUUCAUCUCACAAACUUCAGUGUUAACAAGAAUAACGAGGAGUUUGUUUACAACGAAAACCCAGGGGAUUAUGAAGGACACAAAUGGAAUCUAAAAACCCUUUGGAAAUAUUUUGAUGAAGAAAUAAAAAUUCCUUGGAAACCAAUCUGGGAGGAUAUCAAGGAUAUAUGCACGAAGACUGUACUCUGCGGACAUGAGCAUAUGAGCAAAGCGUUUAAUAAAACAAUAAAAUCAGAUUAUAAUUGUUACAAACUUUUUGGAUUUGAUGUUUUUAUUGACGCUGAUCUCAAACCUUGGAUAAUAGAGGUAAACAACAUCCCUUCCCUUCACACGAACACAAUCGACUCCUUCGUCAACUAUCCGAUGGCCGCCGAAAUGUUGAAUAUUGUCGGGUUUCACAUACCUAAGGUGCUAGGCAAUAAGAGCUACAAGGCAGUUGCUGAGAAACUGGGCCUUGAACUGCCUUCCUCAUGCUUUGGCUUCAAUCCUAAGCUUUAUACAAGGCUUAAAACUGAUAGAGAAAAUGAGAAAAGAAACCAGUAUAUCUCUGAAGAUCUGAGUAGAGAAGAAUAUUGUGAGAACAUUCUACAAGAUCUUUUACCUUCCGACCUAAGAAUAUUGAUAAACAGUGAAGAUGAAUUGUCACAAACAUUCCAAUGGACGAGAACAUUUCCGAGUAUAAAGAAUUCUGAUUAUUUGAAUUAUUUGUACACUCCCUGUUACUCUGAUCGACUGCUUGAUGCUUGGGAAGCUAAGUAUGGAGGAUCUAAACAAACAAGGACGGAAGGAAUCCAGAUUAUUCGAGAACUGUGCGCAAACAAGGAACACCUAGAGGCCCCUCAAGUCGGAUUGCGUUCAAGCCGAACUAGUCGAUACGAUUUCACUCCGACAAAGGCUAAAUUUCGACCCAAUUCGCAAUUCUUUGAUUUUGCAUGAGUGUGAUAAACCUCAAGAUGUACAGAUCAAAGUAUUUCUCUGUUAAAUUUAUCGGAAUUUAUUUAUAGAAAAGUAUUUCUCUGUUAAAUUUAUCGGAAUUUAUUUAUGAAAAAGUAUUUUAAGUUUGACCCCAAUUAUCAAAAGUUUUUUUGGGGCUUUUUCUUUAUGAUUAUGGUGUAAAAAGAGAGUGAUCUAGAGAAAUUUUUAAACUUUAAAUUGGUGUGAUCAGCU